ACUCGUCCGUGGCUGCAGUGCAGACAUCCAUGAUGCGGGCUGUCAUCGUGCUGCUGAUCUCUCUCCUGUGCCUGGGCUCUGCUCAGGGUGGGAAGCUGCUAGUGAUCCCAUCCGACGGCAGCCCCUGGCGAGAAACAAAGCCCCUGGUGGAGGAACUGGGGAGGAGGGGCCACCAGGUGGUGGUGGUGAUCCCAGAGGCCAGUCACAGCUUGGGCCCCUCUGAGCACACCACCACCCUGACCUUUCCCGUACCGUACACCAAGGAAAGCUAUGGCGCCCGCUUAGACGAAGACCUGCACCGACUGAUGGACACGGAUGUCUCCACUACUGUGGGGAGGUUAAGGAACUAUAGGGACAACCUGGACAUGCUGAGUUACUACGUCUCGGUGACCUGUGAAAGCAUGCUGUACAACAAGGAGCUGAUGCAGACCUUACGGGACUACGAGUUUGAUGCCCUCCUCAUUCACCCAUUUUGGACUAGUGGAAUCAUCAUUGGGGCGUAUCUGGACAUUCCGUCGGUCUACAUGAGUGGUCCUUAUCCUUGCCCCCUUGACAUUAUAUCCACGAGAUGUCCUCACCCUGUUUCAUAUCUGCCACUACGAUACACACACUACAGCAAUCGCAUGACCUUGUGGGAGAGGACCGUCAACUUGCUGAGGUCCUUCCUGGAGCCUGCGGCCUGCAGUCGUCUCUACGUUCAUGCAGACAAGGUGGCGUCUGAAUUCCUGCAGAGGGACACGUCAAUUGUGGAGCUGGCGAGUAACGCAGCACUGUGGCUUGUUCGGUUCGACUUUACCUAUGAGUUCCCCAUGCCUCUGAUGCCCAACAUGAUCAUGAUUGGUGGGAUGAAAACCGGAAAGCCAAAACCCCUAUCACAGGAGGUGGAGGAGUUUGUGAAUGGAUCUGGUGAACACGGCUUUGUGGUCUUCACGCUGGGCUCAAUGGUGUCCCAGUUACCGGAGGAGAAGGCCCGAGCGUUCUUCGAGGCAUUCCGGCAGAUUCCACAGAGGGUUUUGUGGAGGUACACUGGACCCGUGCCUGAGAACGCCCCAAAGAAUGUCAAACUCAUGAAGUGGUUGCCUCAAAAUGACCUUUUAGGUCACCCGAAGGCGAAGGCUUUCAUCACACAUGGAGGGUCCCAUGGCAUCUAUGAGGGUAUAUAUAACGGAAUUCCCAUGGUGACGAUCCCACUGUUUGUUGACCAGGGUGACAACACACAGCGUAUGGUUGCGCGUGGUGUUGCCGAGUCUUUGACCAUUACUGAUGUAACCACAGCCAAAGUAUUGGAAGCACUCAACAAAGUCAUUGGUGACAAGAGUUACAAGGCAAAUAUGAUGAAGCUGUCGGCUGUGCACAAGGACCGUCCGAUUGAACCUCUUGACCUGGCCGUCUUCUGGACCGAGUUUGUAAUGAGACACAAAGGAGCGGACCACUUGCGGUCCACUGCCCACGAGCUGAGCUGGGUCCAGUACCACAGCCUUGACGUGAUCGCGUUGCUAACAACCAUCAUACUCACAGUUGUUCUUGUCACCAUUAAAUGUUGUAUGUUCUGCUUUAGGAAGUGCACAGGAAAGUCAAACCAAAACAAAAAUAAGAGAGAAUAGUUGACAAGUAGUUUUGUUUGUGAGUUAGUGAAUAGCACUUUGGCACAAUAUAGACUAAUAGUAGCACUAAAUACACUUGUUUACAGGUUAAAGCCAAACUAGAAUUGCUCUCAGUGUCCCCCUUUGGUUGAGAAGCGCGAUAACAAACAGACAUGUAUAUCUUUGGAACAAAGUGUGAUCAUAACGCACAUAACUGAUAUUCCUGUAGUAUAGUAGCUCUUCAAAGUAGCUCUUCUGCGUUUGACUUCAGAAGGGGAAACUCCGAAACAAGAAAGUUGCUAGGUCGAAACUAGAAAGUUGCGAGGUCAGUAAUCACCAACAGAUAGCAGCUCAGACAAGGGCAGAAGUGUUGUUUGCCAUGUUAUGAGGUAAUGUGCCAUCAAAAUGAUUUUGGAAACGUUAUGUUAAGGUAAAAAACACUGAUAAGGGUGCAUUUAACACCACCUAUCUCCUUGAUGUAGCCUGAUGUAUUUGGAAAAAAUGAUAUUUGAAAGUGAAACUUAAGGCUUGGGAAAUUCCAACUAUACUGCUGUGUGUUUUGUUCUGUAAUGCUUUACAGCUUUAUUAUUCCGCCACUAGGAGGCACUGUAACAGAAUGUAUGUGUGUGCAGUGACGUACUAUGUUAGAUGAAGAAGAAUGUAUGAGUUGGAUACACACGUUAUGCUACUGCUCGAAGUUACCAGUAAAGCUAUUUGCUAAA